GCCAGUGCUUCCCCUUUGUCUGCAGCCCUUUCCAGCCUUUCCCAAUCGCAGUGUUUAGUGUAGAUACUCCCUCUGGCCAUCGCAACAUGACCGGCCUGACGCAAGACUGGCAGGUCGUUGGCCAGCCAUCUUUCUCGCAGCCCGCGCCCGGCCCGACGCCCGGUGCCUUCGCCACGGCGCAGACACCCUCGGCCGCUUCGCUGCAAUCCUGGCAAGUCGUAGGUCAGCCAUCUUUCUCGCAGCCCGCGCCCGGCAUGACCCCUGGUCCCUACGCCGCGGCACAGGCCCCACCACAGCAGGCCGCUUCGCUGCAAUCCUGGCAAGUCAUAGGUCAGCCGGCUUUCUCGCAGCCUAAUGGCUACAUGCCAUCCAGUGGCUACUUGCAGCAGAUGCAGCAGCCCAUGCAGAUGCCUGAGCAUCAGCCGAUGCAGCAGGUGCAGAAGCUUAGCCCAGCAGCGGCCGGUGGGAAGCUGUUCGGACAGGACAAAGCCCUGGGUGGCAUCAUCAUCACCCUCUGCGACGGCUCCUCCUACGACCCGAUCUUCAAGGAGAUGUCUCAGUCGGAUGACGACGGCACCGUCGUGGCCGUGUACGCGGUGGCGAUGAAGAGUGCCGAAGAGCUCGGCAAAGCCAUCGAGGAGGGCCGCGCAGAGAACCCGGACCUGGCUGGGCUGCUGAAAGACCUCCAGGCCGUGCCCAAGGAGAAGGUCGUGAUCAACUGGGAAUGCUGCAGUGGCUGCAGCGAGGCCGGCUUUCCCCACGGAGGGCCGGCUGGGAUGCAGACUCUUUCCCGGAACUUCAUGAAGCUUCAUCAGGGCACCGGGAUGAACGUGAAGCUGGCGAAGCUGGCGCUUGAUCGCGGCUACAUGGUGAUGUUCGCGGACUUCAGCCUCAAGGCGCUGAUCGCCACGUGGAAUGAGGAGCUCCUGGGGCCGAAGCCCUUUCGGCAGCUGGGUGUCACAUCAGGAAGCAUCCGCUUGAUGUUCUCGCCCGAGACCUUGAAGCAGUGCUCAUCCAAGCAGCUUGUGAAGGUCGGAGAGCUCUGCACCACUGGCACCGCAGACAUCCACGCAAUGGGCUCCACCAUCGUCUUCGGAGUGGUGGACGAGGCAGUGCGGAAAGCGGAAGCUGCUGGCAGCUACAAGGUGCAGAGGCUGACAGAGGCUGCCGCGCUCGGACCUCAGGGACCUUCCUCGGCCGGGCACGUGAUGCUCACUUACCCCAGUGGCGGCCGGCUUCUGACUAGCGCGGGCCACUGGAAGGAGCUGACGCACCUCGGCGGGGUCUCCGAAGAGGGCUUGCUGCGCGUGGCGGAGCAGCGAUUUGGCCAGGCCUACUCGGCCCAGAUGCAGACCAGUCUGCAGCAGUGCAAGAGUGAGUUUGGCCGGCAGCAGAUGCAGCAGAGCUAUGCGUCUGCUUGCGUCCAGAGCUACACGCCCUACUAG